GAGUCAGCCGGUGCAACAACGCAGUUAGACCAAACAAGUAAACAAGUUUCAGUGGGUGGCGUAUUAGUACCAGCUCAGUUUUAAAUACAAAGUAAUCUGUGUCGGUCGCUCGAGGAACAGUUUACGACAAAAGAUGGCAAAUUUCUUUUCAAACCUUUAUGCCAAGAUAUUCGGCAAAUCGCCGAUUAGAAUUUUAAUUUUGGGUCUGAAUGCAGGUGUGGGAAAAACAACUGUGUUAUAUAGGCUGAAAGAUGGCACCACCAUUGACAGUACUCACACAGUUGGAUUCAACUUGGAAACCGUGAAACGUAACAACAUCAGUUAUGAAAUGUGGGACAUUGGUGGUGGUGACAAAAUAACACCUUUGUGGAAUCAGUACUUCCACAAUACCAAGGCAAUAAUAUUUGUAGUUGAUUCAACGGAUAAGGAGCGACUGGAUGUUGUAGAGCAGGAACUGCAUAGACUGCUGACUGAAAAAGAGCUUGAACAUUGUCCAAUCUUGGUGCUGGCCAACAAACAAGACUUGCCAGAUGCCAUUAGUGUAGAUGAGCUGAAGAAAACAUUGAAAUUGGACCAAUGGAAAAACCGGACUAUCCAUGUACAAUCUGCCGUUGCAAAUCAGGGGACUGGAGUGUCUGAGGGUUUUGAUUGGCUUUGCAGCGAACUUGCAAAGUUGGAAAAGUAGAUCUUAAGUUUCUUUGCAUCAAUCUAAAUCAUGCCCUUGGCUUGGU